UGAACGAAGAAGAAUUGAUAAUACAUGUAUCGCGAAGAACCUCAUUUAAUGUUUAUACUAGACAACGAAACAAAUAAAAAGAACCAGUUUUAAUUUUGUUAUGAUCUCAAUAGCCCGAUAUUUCUUCUCAAAAUUACAAAAAAAAACCAACAUAAAUUAAAACAAUGUAUCGAACCCUUUCCCCCCUUCCAUUUAAUAUACAGUUCAAGUAUUUGUGGUUGAGGAGUUCCAAGCACUAUGCAAGUAGACAGACGAAGAAAUAAACCAAUAUCUAUGGAGUCUUCCGAGUUAACAGUACGUCAGUACUUUUAUAUUGUCUCGUUUUCACUAAAUGUUUUCUCUUCCUGUGUUUAUUACUCAUCGAGCUGAGGCCUUUUAUGCAGCAAGGCGUAUUUCUUACGUGCUGCUCAUAAAGGUCAGAUAUAUGAAGAAGUCGAGAUGUAAGGAAGUUUCAAUUAGACAGUAACACAAUAAUAAUAGAAGGAAAGAUAUUAAGAAGAAGUUUGAGUGAGAUGCGGCUGAUGGGCUCCCUUCACUGCUUUCACAAAAGGAUGAAUUGAUAGAUGACUCAAAAUUACAUGUAGUUCUAACCACGUAACGAAUAGAAAACGACUGUCAUAAAGUUGAAAUACAGUGCGUUCAUGCAGAAACAAAUAUGAUAAAUAAUGAUAAAGUAUUUAAUAAUUCUGUCGGCUUUUCAGGUCUUUUCUUUGUGUGACGCCUAUGACUUUGCAUGUCCUUCCCAGGCACACUGGGAUCUACGGGCAACAUCCAUGUGCCUGCAUCAAAGAAACUACAGUUGCUUAUUUGAUGUGAAUCUUCAAAUUAAUGUUUAUAGAGAUAAAUGUAUUAGAUCCAGAAUUGUAGGAAAAGGUUAUAAAUACGUCUUUCAACCAAAUCCAAACAGACAAAGUUGCAGUCGUUCACGAUUUCAGCCUUUCAUUUUUAACACAACUGGUUACAGUGACUGUGCUUUUCUUAAAUCACUUUGUUCCGGCAAUGGCCAGAAAAUCCAUACAGAUGGCACUACAAGAUCCGACAGAACCUGUUCUUGUAAUACAGAAAAAGGCUUUACCUUUGUGCACAGUCCCAAAAAUGGAUGCUACUGCAAUUUAUAUGGUGAAGAUAGUGAUGAUUGCUCUUGUUAUUUAAGAUUCAACAGAACGAUUAUCCGGAAAGAUCUAAGAUGCUUUGAAACAAUAAACAUUGUAUCCAGCCGUUCAGAUGAAGAUGCGUUGAAUAAAUCAGAAGUAUUAAAGAACGACGACUUUGACAACUUCAAAUACAACAUAGCUUGUCCUACAAAUGAAUAUCGCACCAAAGCAGUCGUGUGUGUUAUAAUAAUAGUAACAUUCUAUCUUCUUGUGAUAGGAAUUUAUAUUCCACAAAGAUUUAAACGACAAAAGUUGAAAAACGAAACAAAGAACCAAUGCAACAGAUUAAUGCAAAGCAAUGAAACUACUGAAAAAAGGCAUUUUGUAAGAAUUAUGAUAGUUGGAAAGCAAUCUGCUGGAAAAACAUGCUUAAUGAGAAGAUUACUGAAGGAAAGUACCGAUGGUGUAUCUAGUACAGAUGGAAUUGACAUUGUUGUUCGUAGAUGUAAAAUCAACAUGGAAACUGGUGAAUGGAAAAUCGGCAAAAAUAUUGGUGAUGAUAAGGUUAACCGGAUACUGAAAGCACACAUUUCAAAGGAACGAACAACCACAGAACGAAAUCGUAGCGGAAACAGUGAAAGCAAUAAAGAGACAGUAUACGAUAAGGAUGUUACUAAAGCGGAUGCAGCAACUGAUGAGACUGAAGAGGACAAGCAAACUAAAUCCUCUGUUUCUGAAAAUGUUCUCCAACAUAAUGAAAACCAUAAGGAUAUCGAAGUAAAACAUACUGCAAGUUUACCUGAUACAGAAAUCAAUGUGGAAGUAGUCCAAAACAUAAAUACAGAUCAGACACCGGAAGGGAAUACUAGUUAUCAUGAUACCAAUACAGACAAAGAUUUGGAAGAAAAUAAAGAAAAAUGUGAGUCUUCAUCCUUAAAAUUGCCUGCUGAAUUAAUGGACAAUUAUUUGUCUCAGACUACUGGAGAUAUUCCAUCAAUUCAUUAUGCCUUGUGUGAGUUAUGGGACUUCGCAGGACAACGGGAAUUCUAUGCUACACACCAGGCUUUUUUGACAAGUAAAGCAGUAUACAUUGUAGUUGCAGAUAUGGAGGAUACUAUUGAUAAACAAAACAUCAAUCAAUAUAUUAGUUUUACAGAUUAUAAGAACGUUGGAGAGUAUGUGGAUUUUUGGUAUGAUUCUAUACACUGUUAUCGGACAAAUGACGAACUAGAAAAUGAUCAACUCAAUCCUCCUAUUUUAUUAGUUUUUACUGGAGCAGAUAAGUAUAAUAAGGAACAGCUAAAAGAACGAAUAUCAGAACUUGACGCACAGCUUAACAGUGUUUUAGGAGGGCAAAACAAAUAUAAGCACUACCGCGACAAGUUUUAUUUAUCAAAUACCAAAGGCUUUGAUGAAGAUUUUGAAAAGUUAAGAACUUCUAUCUUCGAGGCAUCUACACAAAUCGAUGAUUGGGGUAAAUCUUUUCCGCUGAAAUGGAUACUUUUAGAACAUUCAAUAGAAAUUAUUAAGAACAGUGGAAGGAAUUUCAUUAGUCUAAAAGAAAUGUUCCAGAUGGCUUCACAUCCAGAAAUCGAAAUCACAAAACCUGAUGAUAUGUCAUUUUUUCUUCGAUUUCAGCAUAAUGUGGGAAAUAUUAUUUUCUUUGAAAACAUACCGGAUUUGGUAAUUUUGAAACCACAGUGGUUAGUUGAUGCUUUCCGAUGUCUAGUCUCACAUAUUAAUGAUGAAAAAUUGCACAACCAUAAAGACUGGACACAAUUAAGCAAACAUGGCAAAAUAAGUGAAUCGUUAAUUACACAACUCUUCCAAUCUAAACAUGGAACUCAUUUUUCAGGACAAAAAGUGAAUUUGAAAAAAAUAAUGGAAAAACUUGAUAUACUGGUUAAAAUUAGGGAUUCGGAUUUUUAUAUAAUGCCAAGCAAAAUGCCAUCUUUCCCAUUUGAUACGGUAUGCAAUGAUAUCGGCAUUCACAGCUGUAGGAGAUCUUCGUGGCUUUGUUUGAAAUUUCAAUUUUUACCCCCUUCCUUCUUUAAUCAUGUCUCUGCAUGGUAUAUAAGAAAGUACGAAUCUAGCGAAAUGGACAAGGAUAGAGAAUCAUUAGCUUUAUGUCGUGGAAUAUGCGUGUUUGACUUCGAUGAAUUGAGAUGUGAAAAGAUUCUGUUAACAAUGUCGACAAAUACAAUAGCUCUCCAAAUUUUGUCAUUUUCCAAGCAACAAAAAGAAUUUGGAGGCACGUGUAGCGCUGUCUACAAUGAACUGAAGCUAUGUAUUCAAGACAUAAAAAAAAAAUAUCCAUUGAAAAUAUCUUUUGAACUCCAUUUUAAAUGUAGUACAGGCCAUUUUUAUCAGAAUACAAUGUUAUAUCAGGACUUGAAAAGAAUUUCAGAGUGUUACUGCCCACAACACAAAUCCACACAUCAAUCUGAAGAGAUUUACUUGCCUUGGAUGGAAAAUAAGGAAGCGUCUGGUGAUUCCUACAGAUUAAACAAUACAGCAGAAAAAAAAGACAAGGAUAUUCAACUGCCUUGGCAGGUUGACGGUGAUGAAUUCCAGAGAAUGUUGUCACAUGGGACAUAUCUGUCUUACGACAAUCGCUUAACUUUAGGUGGUCCAUGUGAGGCUGGGAAAAGUUCUUUAGCAAGCUUGCUUAUUGGCAAAGAAAUUCCUCUAAAAAGGAAUUUAAAAGACGGAAUCGGUAUAUAUUUUGGGAAGAAUGGUAUUGAUAUUGAAAAGAAGAAAAUGGUUCGACUUCACGGGGGUGAACAUAAACAGGAGGUUUUGGCCAAAAUACUUCUACCUACGCUUUUUGACAAUAAGGAGUCUGAACGAAUUACAAAACAGGAAACAACACUUCAAUCAGAAAUUUUAGAAGAAGUGAGAAAUGGGAGAUAUAGUACUAAAAUAGCAUCGUCAGACCUUAUCGAUUUUGGUGGGCACAUAUCAUAUGAUUUGACAAAUCAACUUAACAUGCCACACCGGGGUUCAUUUUUGUUGAUGUUUGAUGGCAGAUUCGGACUAAAUGAUCAACUGGACGAAUAUUCAAAAGGGGUUACAGCUGCAGUCAUAUUUACACGUUGGGUUGAUUCUGUUUUGAACAACACUGAAGAUAAUGAAGAAAACAUGCCAAUGAUUCUGUUCGCAGCAACACACAGAGACCUAUGUAAGAAAGACGUUGCAGAGUUGAAAGGAGGUUUCAUCAGGGAUAUCAAACAGAUAUUCUCUCUACACAAGAAAAGACACCAUAUAUACCUGGAUGAUGUGUUUUUUAUCAACGGAAUUGAUCAAAGCGACCCCGAAAUACAACGAAUGACACAUCAGGUCGUCAUGUUUGCAAUGCAGCAAUCAUCCUGGGGCCAGCGACAACCUAUGCAAUGGGUUCCGUUAGAGCUUCAAAUUUCCAAUAUGAGAAUGAAUAAUAUCAUAUUUAUAACAAAGGACGACCUAUUUAAUGUCAAUAUGCUGAAUGGCAACCUGGCCUUGACUGAUAAUCAACUGAACGACUUUCUUUUAACCCAACACUCCCUUGGUAAAUUAGUGUAUUACCAUCUUCCUGGUUUAGACAACUUCAUCAUCAUUCAACCUCCUGCAUUGGUUAACAUUUUAAGGUCAUUCGUGACAGAUGAGAAGUGUUAUCCGGACGACCCACAUAUUGAGUCCAUACUACAAACAUUGAAUGAGACAGGGAAAAUCUACCACAGAGAUCUUUUUAAGGUUUGGCAGCAAGAAAAUUUUCAUCAAUACAUGCAAGAUGCUUCCGUCAAAGAAUUUGUCUUAAAGCUUCUAGUCCAUUUAAAUAUUCUGAUAAUCUCUAAGAAAUUAAAGCAAUCUCCUAAUGAUAUGUACCUUGUACCAUGCAUGAUCAAAACCAUCCGACCUGACUUUGAUAACAUGAAACACAAAGAGAAUAAAACAAUUUGUCUUGAAUAUUCAUUUACCAAAAAUUCCAUUCCAAAUGCUCUAGCUUACAAAGUGAUAGGAGCAGUAAUGAUGGCUUGGCCACUGAAAGAAGAAAAUAAAAAAACGUGUCUAUACCACAUGGCGGCCAUUUUGAACGUUAGUGAAAAUGAUGAACUCCGUAUAUGGUCAGAAGACAACCGAAUUAAAGCAAACUUAACAAACCAAAGAUCGUUACUCAACAUUUCACCAGACGUUGCAGCAAGUAUACAAGAAUGCUUAACGAAAAUUAUUGAGUCGUCCCUGUUGUUAUAUUUAAACAGUCUCGGUAAGAAAAUUAAACCAACAGCAGUUUCAGAACUGUACACCUUGAGCCUAGGUGUUCCGUGUGGCAAAAGUGUUUGCUUCAAAUCUAUACACGAUGUCAAAAAAGCUGAUUCUUGGAAAUGUGACAGGGACAAAACGCAUAACACAAAAUAUUUACUGUACUGGAUCUUUGAUAAGUCUCAAAAGAUGUGUGCAGCUGAUUGUAAAGGUCUCAGUAAUGAUGAAUUGAGAACACAACCAAGUAACAAGCAUCUUGUUAGACUGGGAAGUCAGAUAGAUAUGUGUGUAUUUAAAGAGUUCUGCAUACAUUUGGGAAUGGCAAUAAUACAAUGGGAAAACACUGUUGAUAUGUAUGGUAGUCACGGUAGAGAAGGGAUAAUGUUUAUGGCACUUUUUAAAUGGAAGUUGUCAAAAUUAUAUAACCUUGAGGAACCUUCUUUGAAAGAUAUUGAAGACGCCUUGAUAGCAACGGGUUUGGACAAGCAUUUGAUUUGUCAGGUUUUUAGAGAAGAUACAAAGCCUUUAGGUAUUGCAGGCUUCAAUCUCCAAGAGAUCCCAAGUGAUAAAGUUUUAAAAGAGUUAUCAUGCCGAGUAGGAAACUGUGCUAUACAGUUAGGAAUAGAAUUAGGAGUAAGCUUCGAUGAAGUUGAGAACAGUUUGUUAAGGUUUCCAAAAGAUUUAACUGGCUUGAUAGAAGAUAUAUUAAAGAAAUGGAAAGAAAAGUCCAAAAUCAAGACCUUUUUAAGUUUGAUGUUAGCUCUCAUUCGAGUCAAAGGAGGCGGGGUUCAAUAUUUACUCAGAAUGUCAGAAGAAAUGCUUAUCCAGCAUGGAAAAUCCACAGAACCUACCACUGUGACUUAGACUUCAUUUUAUAUUACCCUACUCUUUAUGAAUAUUAUAACAUUAAUGAUAUAUACAUACCUCAUAAACACACCUUAAAAGAGGGACGAAAGAUACCAAAGGGACAGUCAAACUCGUAAAUCUAAAAAAAACUUCCAGGAGAUUAUUCUUUGCAAGAUGUUUGCAUCAUGAAUCCACAACAGUAAAAUUGUUGACCAGAUAUGUCCAUUAAACAUAUGCAUACACCUGUGAUUAGGAUCAACAUCCAAACAACUAGUUGAUUCCUUCUACAACUUUGCAACUAUAAAUAGCGCGACAAAUUCCCGCAGGUGUAUUCUUGUUUUCUGCUUGUUAUUUUUAAUCUUACAUAAAAGAGGGACGAAAGAUACCAAAGGGACAGUCAUAAAUCUAAAACAAACUGACAACGCCAUGGCUAAAAAUGAAAAAAACAAACAGAAAAACAAUAGUACACAUGACAUUACAUAGAAAACUAAAGAAUAAACAACACGAACCCCACGAAAAACUAGGGUGAUCUCAGGUGCUCCGGAAGGGUAAGCAGAUCCUGCUCCACAUGCGGCACCCGUCGUGUUGCUUAUGUUAAACUAUGCUGCUUCGUUCGCUUUUCUUCUACAAAUAAUAUAUAAAUAUGUAUUUUCAAUUCCCUGGCAUUUAAUCUGAAACAAUUAAUUCGUGGUGCUACUCAUAAAACAGGUAAAGAACUAUGCCAGCGCGUUAUUUGGCAACCAGGUAAGCCUCCACAGGUUUUUUUAUCUGAAUAAAUCAAAAUGGUCGAUACUGCAUUUAAAAAGCUCCUUUAAAAUAUAAGACAUACUCUGGUCACAUGGUCUGCUUUGAUUUUUGUCCUCUUACGUUAUGGUUGGUGUAUCCUCUUGACUCGAUAGACAUAUAAAUCGUCUAACAAUAUUGUUUCAUAUGCAAACAUAAAUAUCAUUAUUUGGAGGGAGAAAAAACUUAAGAUUAGCAAAUCUACGAAUCAGACUUAUACACAAACAUCAGGUCCUUUUCAACUGAUGUUUAUAGCUUGCUCAUUUGUUAAACUGUUACAUUACUGUCUCCAGUUAAAGGGGCUUUGACAAAAAUUAAAAUGUAUAACCCUGUCACAUGCUUGAUGUGCAUGUCCCACGUCAGGAGCCUGUUGUCUGUUGUUGCUAUCUGGGGUUUUUUUCCUUAAUUGUUUUUUACAUGAUAAUUCAUGCCGUUGAUUUGAAUUGUUCUACAUUUAUCAGUGCAGUAACCUAUAAUUGUUUACUUCUAUAUAUUUGGUUAAGAUUUGUGUCAAUGACAAUCAAACAAAUCCCCCUUUUAAAACGAGAUAGCUCUUUAUAUUUAAUGUGUUACGUAUGAAGAACUUUUCAGAUUUAUCUUCAUGUUAGAGUGUAAUUUCAUCUUCCACUGUAAUCAAUUUUGUCACAAUUUAGUUUUGUUUAUCGUCUGUUAGAGUCAUUAAGUCAAAGGGCUGUCCUGCUACAAUGUAUAAAAUAUUAGCAUAUAUUAUGUUCUAGGUCACGUAGUAAAUACUUUUAUAUGAAUUUUAAGUUUUAUUUGAAAGCAAAGAGUUGGAGAAUGUUUGGAAAUUCAGGUCAGUUGGAAAUAUUUGGAGACUAUGAAGGUUAGUUGGAGAAAUUUUGAGAUGAUUAAUUAAGAUUUAUACUAUUCUGAGCAGAUCUGGACAGUACCUCUGUAUAUUAAAAGAAAGGUGUGCUUUAUGAUUAUUCAUUUGUAUUAAGUUUUGAUAUUUUGUCCGCACAGUCCUUGACACUGUUGCGUGAUUUGUGUUUGAUCAGUUCUAGACAUUGAUGCGUGUUUUUGUUCGGUCAGUAUUAGACACUGGUGAGUGGUUUUAGUCCAUACAUUAAUAGGCACUGUAGCGCGGUUCAUGUCCGCAUAGUAAUAUACACUUUGCGUUGUUUACUUUUUUGUGCACAUUAUUAGACACUGUUCUUUAUUUUUGUAAUACAGCAUGAAGAUAAUCCAUUUGUGGUAGCUGGUCAAAGCAAUUUUCGAAGAUUGUCGGAUGUGUAAAUCUUCGAAUAAUAUCUUUUGUAAACUGUAUAUUACGUAAAUAUUCGCUUGUAACAAAUUAUAAUAAACAAACGAUUUGUUGAUUUA